AUGGCACCUGGACCUUGGUCUAGGGUUUUCCCACAGAAUUUCCGUUAUUCUCACAGGCUUUGGGUUUUCCCCCUCGUAGCCGGAAUCUCCUGGUUCUCCACGCUCACAAUUCUUCUCGUCCGGUGGCUAGCGAUUGGCCAACCCAGAUAUCCGGGCCAGAUUAACCCAGAAAUCCCCUUUAUCAGCGACAUUGCGGCCUUCAACUUCCAGCCUGUUUUCAUUGCAGGUUGUGCCAUCACUGGCGUGACAUUCGCCGGCACGGUCUUUGCCGUCCAUCAUGUGCGCUACUCGCCCAGGUUCUACGGGCUGACCGACGACGCCCUGUGGAGGCAAACCACGAGCUUCUGGGCCUUGUUCAUGGGCCUUGUGGCGGCUUCGUGCCUUGUGUUACUAAGCAUCUUUGACACAUUUGAGAAUAAUGAUGAGCACCGCUACCUUCUCAUGAGCACUUUUGGCGGGCUUGGGCUGGCCGCGAUUCUGACGACUGCAGUGUGGUGGGAUCAAGCCUGGGGCCCGGCGCAGUUCCCUGGCCUGCGAAAAUGGUGUCUUUUCAACACAGUCCUGGUUCUCAGCCAGAGCGCUGUUGGCAUCUCGUUCAACACUUUCCUGUAUAUGAAGCGAUACAGGGAGGCUGGAUUUUCGGAGUGGACCUUGUGCUAUUUGGGAUCGCUUUGGCUUGUUUCUUUCGUAGGAUAUACGAGGUUCAGAGAAGAUUCCAACGGUAUUGGAGCGAUUGACGAGCGUCAGCCGCUACUGGACCAGUCGGCUUAG